AUGCAUUCGGAGAAGGGGGGCGCCAAAUCGGUCGGGGUGCGCACAAAUUUCCACUUCCAAUUCAUUACAACUCCUACCUCCGAUACUCCUGGGACGUCGCUGGUCCUACACUUCGACUCCAAGAGGUACAUAUUUGGGGAGAUUACUGAAGGGACCCAACGAGCAUGUGUGCAACGUGGAAUUGGACUCCGGAAAGUUCGCGGCCUGUUCCUCUCAGGAAAGACACUGUGGAACAAUGGAGGGCUCAUAGGCCUCAUCCUCACAAUGGCAGAUGUACAGCAGUCAGAAAUUGAUGAAGACACCAAGAGGCGCCCCAGACUGCACAUUCAUGCAGGUCCGAAGCAGCUUCACUCAUUGGCAUGUGCGCGCAGGUUUGUCUUUCGAACGGGAAUGCCGUUGUCAGUCCAUGAGGUAGACGUCCGCAAGAACAAGACUGAUCCAAAGCCGAUUCAUGUGGAUGAGCACAUACGGGUGUGGGCACUGCCAAUCGAGGACCGCUCUACCACCUCCUCGCUACACGGGAAGCCGGAUGAAUCUACCGUUGACGAAUUCCAGUUGGAAAAAGAGCAAACUCUGCGACAAGAAGUUGUCAACAACAUGUUCGACUCGGACUGGAGGCGUGAUCAACUGUUGCAGGCCAAGCUCGAGGACAUCAAACUACCGGCAGUAGUGUGGGUGAGAGAUCCCGAGACGAAGACACUGAUAAGUUAUCCCGUUUUCGACAUCAGUAAAACCACCCUUGCGCCCGACACAGAAGUGCUGGUUCGCAGUCCCUGGCCUGCCUCAACUGUACAAGAGCUGCCACCAGCAAGAGGCUUGCCAGAAACUGUAGCAAUGUCCUACAUUGUCAAGGGUCACCCCCAGCGUGGAAUUUUUGACGCUGCAAAAGCGAAAGCCUUGGGCCUGCGGCCCGGGCCAAAAUAUGCGAAGCUGGUAGCAGGAGAAUCCGUGGAGAGCGACGAUGGUACACGAGUCACAAUCACCCCAGAAAUGGUGUUGAGCCCCACCCGGCCAGGCAGAGGGUUUGCCUUGUUCGAUAUACCUUCAGUCGGCUAUCUUGAAGAGCUCGAGCGACAAUUGGAUAGUCAGGCUGACUGGCUGUUGGAAGGAGUCGAAUCCGCAGUCUGGAUGACCAAAGGCAAAGUGUUACAAGCAGAGAAAUUUCACCAACUGCUUCAUAAGCUCAAAGACCUGAAGCAUGUGAUUUCGGAUCCCCAUCUGUCCAACGAUUACAUUGCCCAUGAUUCAUCUGCCGUAUCUUCUGCCAGACUGUCCCAGAUCGCGCCUGACCUUUUCUCCAUCCCUCGAUUUGAUAAUUCGAGUGCAUAUCGGGCAGUGAUCGAUAAAUCGGUCGUUGAGCCGGGCAGUGUGCUCGACAAACUCCAAAUCAUACCGGCGAGAAGAGGUCUGAAGGUGCAUGUCGAGCCCCAUCCCAGCAUUGAUGAAAGUGAGAUCACGCCAGGCCUUGACCUGGACUCACUUACAACACCCAUAGAAUCAGCAGUACGGGAAGUGUUACCAAAUAAUGUGUCAAUGUACAAAGCUCCAAUCUCCGACCUCAAAACAGGUACGGAUUUGGACGAGCCGGAAAUUGUAACACUUGGAACUGGUUCGGCGGCGCCGUCAAAGUACCGCAAUGUCUCGGCCAUCCUACUUCGCAUGCCGGAUGGGAUGGGGAACUACCUAUUUGAUUGUGGUGAAGGCACCCUUGGUCAAUUGAAAAGGCUUUACAAUGCUGAACAACUGGACGACAUUUUGUUCAAUCUCCGGGGGCUCUGGAUAUCGCACCUCCACGCAGACCAUCACCUGGGCACAGUGUCUGUAUUGAAAGCUAUAUUCCAGACUGCUCAAAGACUUUCAGAUUCUGAGCAACGUGGUCGCCCUCCGCCUCCAUAUCUGUUCUCGGAAAUCAACAUGAUUGACUAUUUGGAUGACUACGAAUCUGUCAUGGGCAUACCCACCGAUAUGCUCUGCACCCCGAUCGCCUGCGACCCUCACGGAGGUCUGUUCCAUCGAAGCAGGCACUUCGAGAUACAGAACGACCUUCACAUCAAUGAACUGCGUACCGUGAAGGUCAGUCAUUGUCAUGGCGCGCAAGCCGUCUCGGUCACCUUCAAAAACGGGUUCAAGUUCUCGUACAGUGGCGAUUGCCGGCCCAACGAGGCAUUCUGCGAAAUUGGGGCCGGCUCGGACGUUCUAGUACAUGAAGCCACCUUUGACGAUGGCAUGGAAGGCGAUGCUAUGGCUAAAAAGCACAGCACGACAGGCGAAGCUGUCGGCGUUGCUCUGGGUAUGCGAGCCAAGAACCUCAUCCUUACCCACUUCAGUCAGCGUUAUCAGAAGAUACCAGUCUUCAGCAGCGUUCGAAUGCCGGAGCGUGUCUCUGAAGAGGAUCUGCUUGACGACGUUGAUGCCGAGUUGAUCAACACAAGCGCAAAUGGCAACGAAGACGGCUCAGAAUCGGAGCAUCUCUCUGCACCAAAACCGGACUCCUCCGCAUGGAUUCAGCCCGACUCAGCCGUGCGUGACCUCAACAUCGCCGUAGCUUUCGACCUAAUGCACAUGCGUGUCUCGCAAAUUCAACACAUGAAAACUCUGUUCCCCGCAAUCUCCAAGAUGUUUGAGAUAGAGGAGGAAAAGAGGGAUCGAACGCGCAUGGAAGCAGCGGCCCAACAGAAAGCGGACAUAGAAGGCAGGAGACAAAAGAGGCUGCAAGCCAUGGAAAUGAACAAGAAGAAGAUGGAUAAGAACCAGGGGAAGAGCAACAAGAACAACCAGAAAAAGGGGGAAGAAGUAGGAAUCACUGCAGGAGCACGGAGUCAGCCAGUGCCUGGGGCCCUGCAGUCGAGAGAUAGUCGUGGCACAGCAGCCAGUCAUUCCGCCGUCUCCUCAAUACUCGAUGCACGCAAGACGGAGCCCGCCACGAGCAACGGCGUUGAAACCGGUAAGACACGCAACACAGGUACCGGUGAGGGUGUGAAUGCUAAGCGUGCUCAGACCGGUGACGGCGGCGAGGUGCCAACGUUGGACGUGGCAGCACGAGACGGCGGCGACUUCUCAGCAGAUCUGCCACAGGAACGGAAGCCCAGCAACGGCGAAGCCUCGUUUGGCACUGAGAACCAAACUCCGGUGAAGAGACGCAGAAUUGAAUAG